AUGCUAUGUGGAAUUUUGCUGUCGGCUGCUUCAAAGAGUAAAGUUAAAGGCAGCCAAGGGCAGUUUCCACUAACACAGAAUGUAACGGUUGUUGAAGGUGGAACUGCAAUUUUGACCUGCAGAGUUGAUCAAAAUGAUAACACCUCCCUCCAGUGGUCAAAUCCAGCUCAACAGACUCUGUACUUUGAUGACAAGAAAGCUUUAAGAGACAAUAGAAUCGAGCUGGUGCGGGCUUCCUGGCAUGAACUGAGUAUCAGUGUCAGUGAUGUAUCGCUUUCGGAUGAAGGACAGUACACCUGCUCUUUAUUUACAAUGCCUGUCAAAACUUCCAAGGCCUAUCUCACUGUUCUGGGUGUUCCUGACAAGCCUCAAAUUAGUGGAUUUUCAUCACCGGUGAUGGAGGGAGAUUUGAUGCAGCUGACUUGUAAAACAUCUGGUAGUAAACCUGCAGCAGAUAUAAGAUGGUUCAAAAAUGAUAAAGAGAUUAAAGAUGUGAAAUAUCUAAAAGAAGAGGAUGCCAAUCGUAAGACAUUCACUGUUAGUAGCACUCUGGAUUUUCGAGUGGACCGGAGUGAUGAUGGUGUGGCAGUGAUAUGCAGAGUAGACCACGAAUCCCUCAAUGCCACCCCACAAGUGGCAAUGCAGGUGCUAGAAAUACACUAUACACCAUCAGUCAAGAUUAUACCAUCCACUCCUUUUCCACAAGAAGGACAGCCUUUAAUUUUGACUUGUGAAUCCAAAGGAAAACCACUGCCAGAACCUGUUUUGUGGACAAAGGAUGGUGCAGAAUUACCGGAUCCUGACCGAAUGGUUGUGAGUGGCAGGGAGCUAAACAUUCUUUUCCUGAAUAAAACGGAUAAUGGUACUUAUCGAUGUGAAGCCACAAAUACAAUUGGCCAAAGCAGUGCAGAGUACGUUCUCAUUGUACAUGAUCCUAAUGCUCUGGCAGGCCAGACUGGUCCUGAUCAUGCUCUUAUAGGAGGAAUAGUGGCUGUAGUGGUGUUUGUCACACUGUGCUCUAUAUUUCUGCUUGGUCGAUAUCUGGCGAGACAUAAAGGAACGUAUUUAACAAAUGAAGCUAAAGGAGCUGAAGAUGCACCAGAUGCUGACACAGCCAUUAUCAAUGCUGAAGGCAGCCAAGUCAAUGCUGAAGAGAAAAAAGAGUAUUUCAUUUAAAAUGCAGGCCAAGAUUCUGAGUUUUACUUACCAGGCUGGCUGCUGGAGAAACUGGCUAUCAUCUUUCAGAAUUCAUUUCUACCAUCUUCUGCUACUUUUAUUAACUUCCAUUCUGUACUGCUCUCAGUAGCCAGUGUAUACCAACAAUCAGCUGUUGAAAGCAUCAUUCUUUUAUUACUGUACCAUCCACAAUGCAGGACAUUUCUUACUGCCUAAAUUCCACACCAUUGCUCUUUUAACAUACAGUGCUUGAAUAUACAGCCUUAACAAUGUUAAUCACCUCCUUGGAUCAUGGUAUUGAAUUGUUUUUAUACAUUGAAAAAAUGUAUGCCUAGUUUUUUUUUCUCCCUUUCAUUUCCCCCCUUUAAAUCAUAGACAUCGUCGGUUUGCCACUGGUCAGCUUUCACAAGGGAGGGGAUUAGGUAAAUACCUAAUCAGCUUAAGUUUAAUCAGAUUAGAGGUUUACAAAUGUUUUCUACAUGUCUAUUUUCAAAGACAUGUUUGAAAACAUAUGCCCUAGAAAACACAAACUGAAAACAUUGUAGUGUAGAUUCUGGAAUGUGAGAUUACACUGUAAGGCUGUAUCAAUUUUCUAUUUAAAUUUA